UUAAAGGAGAUAAUGGCUGAACAAAUAAACAUGGGUAUUCUCAGCGACAUUGUUGAUCAAGAAUGGAUGAGUGAUACACUUCCUGAUGAUGAUCUUCCAUUGCCGCCUGUCCUCCUACCACAGAACGAUGACACUGAAGAUGCAAAUCAAGACGUCAAACUACCUAAUGAUGAUAGUUGGCAUGACCUUGCUUUGGGAACUCACUAAAAUGAUUUGAACAUCGAUUGAAGAACAUGUUUUGUAACUUCUCAACAAGGUUAUUUGAACUUAUAAUUGAUAUCUGAAUUGCACAAAACUCUAGAGUAUAGUAUGUAUAUUAACAUCUAUAUUCAAUUGAAUAGUCGGUUUGAACUCAAAAUUCUAUUUUUAUUUUUUGGAAAAUGACAA